UCAGCGCUGACGUCCAGCCUUGGCAGAUGAGAGCAGUUUCCAGUUACAAUGGACGAGCUGUAAGCCGCUGCUCAGUUAGAAGCGAGGGAGCAGACUGAAAGUACGACUCUUCAUUUUGUUUUGUUUUGUUUUGUUUUGUUUUAUUUUUUUUAGAAUAAUUUUCCUUUUCAAGUCGCUCGAGCAAGUGGAGAAGGGAGACUGCUGCGGAGAUCAAGUCUGUGCACGCCAGAAAGCAGGUUUUCUCUCAGAAGACAAACCACACAACAGAAACAUCAUGGACCACUUAUGGUUUUACAGACUCACCCUGAUCACCUUGGCUCUCUUCCCACACCAGUCCCUGGGUUGUCCCUCCGGAUGUCGCUGCUACAGCCUCACAGUGGAGUGCGGAUCCCUCGGGAUCAAAGAAAUCCCGCAGGGCAUCCCUUCUAUCACCGAGACUAUCUUCCUCCAGGAUAACGCCAUAGUGCAGAUCCGUCUUCAGGACCUGACUCGCCUCAGAAGCCUCCAUUAUCUGUACCUCCAGAACAACAGCAUCUCUGCCCUGGAGCCAGGCGCUUUUCUUAACCAGGGGCAGUUGCUGGAGCUGGCCCUAAAUGGUAACCUCAUCCAUCUGGUCACUCCUGACAUGUUUCGGGGUCUGGAGCACCUUCGGAUCCUUUAUCUUGCCAGCAACCAGAUCACCCGUGUCCAGGACCACACCUUCAGGGGACUGCAGCGCCUACAAGAGCUCCAUCUGCAGGAAAACAGCAUAGAGUUGCUAGCGGAGCAUGCUCUGUCCGGGUUGUCGUCUCUAGCCCUGCUGGACCUCAGCAGGAAUCACCUCCGCACCCUGGGACCCUCGUUCCUUAAGCCACUUGUCAGUCUGCAGGUGCUCCGUGUCACAGACAACCCAUGGCGUUGUGAUUGUGCUCUUGGCUGGCUGAGAACCUGGAUCAGUGAGGACGGACAGCGACUGUUGAGUUCUGCAGAGCAACGUCGGCUGAUGUGUUCAGAACCACCUCGUCUUUCCCACCUCAGUCUAGUGGAGGUGGCUCCCAACAGUCUUGUGUGCAUCCCUCCGGUGGUGCAGCUGGAGCCCAGCCACCUUACUGUGCGACUCGGGGAAAGCCUCCGGGUCUCUUGCCAGGCCUCAGGAUACCCUCAGCCUCAGGUUACGUGGAAGAAAUCCUCCCAUGGUAAGGCCCAGUUAUCCCCUCGUGGCUUGUUUCAAGAGCUCGGACCCAAUGGGGAGCUAUUUAGACCUGGGGCCGUGGUGACAGCUCUUCCCAGCAGUGAGGGGAUGAAAGUGGGAAGUGGUGGAGGGAAUCAUGGGCUGGUGCGUGGGGCUGAGGAAGGUGGUGAAAGGGACAGUUUUGAUCCUGACAUGGGCAGCGGCAUGCUGUUCCUCAGUAAUGUGACUGUGGCACAUGCAGGGCGCUACGAAUGUGAGGCUUGGAAUCCAGGUGGUGUGGCUAGAGUUACUUUUCACUUGGCUGUCAACAUGUCUUCUUCAUCAUAUUCAUCCCAAUUCUGGCCUCGUUUGAACACACAUUCCUACGUUUCGUCUUCAUCCAGCUCCUUCUAUCAGCCGGAAGUUCUGGACAUUAGCCAGGAGCCAUUGUAUGAACAGGAUAGCAUGGACUUCAACGCCCUGGGUCCUGCCACACAGACUGCUAUUGCUGUUGGCAUCUCCUUAUUGGCGCUCACUGCUGUUCUUCUCUUGAUUAUGAUCUACACUCGUCACCAGCAAUACCAGAAAGAGGAUUCUGGCUCUUACUGUACCAGCAAAGAAGAGAGCAUUCUCUAUGUGAACGACUACUCAGAUGGACCGACGACCUUUGCACAGCUGGAAGAGUACCGUGACGACCACGGUCAUGAAAUGUACGUACUCAACCGGUCCAAGCCUGUCAUGGGCUCUACUUCAUCCAGGUGCCCCAUGAUGAGUGGGUUUGUCCAACACAAAGGUAUGAAGGAGGCUCUCCUCGACCAUGAAGUUGUGCAGACGCUGACAAGAUCGGGGGGCAUGGGGCUUCGCAGAAACCCAGCAGAAGGAGGAGAGGGACCCCUAACGACAGAUCCGGAGGAACUCUUUCUGAGUCAGAGCCUCCUCUUUGGGUCACAGGUUGCCUACGAGAUCCACUGCUAAGGUAUGUUUGUUAUGUUCCAACAUGAAAGAAAAGUCAAUGGACUUACUUUAAGACAUUAAAUAAAUAAUCUUGGUGCAUUGAUUAAAUGUAUAAGAUUAUUGUCUGGCCUUUGAAAGAGGGGAGGGAGUCAGUAGGUGAUUGCUGGGGAAAACCUGCAUCUCAUGCAGUCCACAGAGAUUGUUAUCAGAUUGAUUGUUUGACAUAAAGAUGGGUAAGGGGGCAAAACAGUGAAAAAUACAGGGAAAAUAAUAAAUAGACAUUACUUUUUUGUCACCAAAUGAACCCUUUAAAAUUAUUUUAAGUGGCUAAAUUCAUCCAAAAACAAAUGGUUAAUAUGACAAACUGAAGGCUUAAAAUGUGCUUUAUGUAGUGAUUAAUUUUUUGUACAAAUUUAUUUCUUUAUGCUUAGUUUUCUGUGUUUUGUCUGUGUUUCCUGUAAAUAUAAUGAAGCUAAUUUUCAAUGUGAAGUACAGCUGUCUUGUCGACCCUGUUGUAGAUCCCAUUAGAAAUAGACCUACAGCAAUACUCAAAUGUAUGAGUGGGUGGCUGGACUUUAUUAAAGGGAAGCAAGUCUUCUUUUUAUUUCUAACAUUUUUACCAUAACAUUGUAACCAUUAUUGUUUAUAUGUUAUGGAUUUUCUUUGUUUAUUGCAACAUAAGAACAAAGAAUUAACUUUGAGGACUUGGGGUGAAGGACACAACAAUACUGGCUGACAUACAACAUCAAAACCAAAGAUGACGUUUUAGAAAAGUCAACAAAAGAGAAAAUAAAGCAUUUGACAAAACAAACAAACAAAAAAAAACAUUUCAGAAAAUAUAUCACAACCAUUAAUACAUUGUUGUUGAAGGAUAAGCUGAAGCAAAAAGAUUUGACAAAAAACAACUAAACCAACAUGCUAUCUUUAUUACAACCUCAGAAGAAAUGUUGUGUUUUGUUUUUCAAUUAUGUUGUUGGGUUUUCUGAAAUGUUUCUGGGGUUUUUUGUUUUGUUUUGUUUUGUUCUUGUGUUUUGUUGUGUUUUGAGCCUCGGGGCCACCGUAAAAAAGUACUUAUUUGGGAGAUCUCAGUCUGCUUACAUUAGAUUGCAAACGCUUUGAAUGUGAAUAUUGUACAAAUGUACAAAUGUGUCUUCAGUUUAUUUACAAUAAAAUUAAAUUUAAAAGUG